AUGACUUCUCUAUCUUUCACUCAAUUCCUUUCAUUGCCCAGGUGCCAAUCGAAUUGGCCGAAUUUUCAACGGCUGAACUUUGUCCAGCUUCAGGAUUUUAGAUUGCAAAAUAAAUGGGGUCUUGCAGCUAUCUCUAGGAAGAAAAUUUCAGAGGCUUUACCUGAUGAGGAACCCAGUGAAAAUGGCGUAGUUGGAAAAAGAAGACAACUAGGACUGAAAAAAGUUGCUGAUACUCUAGAGGAGAAUACUGAACUCGUGGGGACUAAUGAUGCUAAUAAUGAGGAAAGUGUUGUGUCUGAAGAUUCCAAGAAGACUCGAAGGAGGACACGGCGAAAAGAUGUGUCUGUUUCUACUAGUUUGGAGGAAGAGGCAACUGAGAAGGUCAGGAGGAGGAGGACAAGAAAGAUGGAUGAGGAUGUAGAGACUCGUGAUAGUGAAUCAGAAACUAGUGAUCAGGAGCAGUUUGAAUUUGUUGCAAAUUUGGAGGAUGAGAGUGAUGGAGACCUAGAAUUGGAUAAAGCUGACGGAGAGGAUAUCACCUACACGUAUGAUUGGCCUCCUCUUGUUUGUUGUUUUGGAGCUGCACAACAUGCUUUUGUACCCACAGGAAGGCCAGCCAACAGACUCUUAAAUUAUGAAAUUCAUGACAGAAUGAUGGAAGCUUAUUGGGAACCUGAAAAGUUUAUGAGGGCACCUGGGGGAUCUGCAGGAGGUGUUGCAAUUGCUCUUGCAAGCUUGGGUGGUAAGGUUGCUUUUAUGGGAAAACUUGGAGAUGAUGAGUUUGGUCAGGCAAUGCUAUACUAUAUGAAUGUGAACAACGUUCAAACACGAUCAGUUCGCAUGGAUAGUAAAAGAGCAACAGCAUUGGCACAGAUGAAGAUUGCCAAGAGAGGUCGCUUGAGAAUGACUUGUUCUAGACCCUGUGCUGAAGAUUCUUUAUUGAAGUCUGAACUAAAUAUGGAUGUGCUGAAGCAGGCAAAGAUGUUCUACUUCAACACUCAUUCCCUGCUUGAUCGGAGCAUGAGAUCAACUGCAUUGCGAGCAAUCAAAGUUUCGAAGAAGUUGGGAGCAGUUGUUUUCUAUGAUGUAAACCUUCCAUUGCCACUGUGGCGAUCAAGUGAGGAAACCAAACUAUUCAUACAAGAAGCAUGGAACCUUGCAGACAUUGUUGAAGUUACUAAGCAAGAACUUGAGUUUCUAUGUGGGAUCGAGCCCACUGAGGAAUUCGACUCCAGAAAUAAUGCCAGAUCUAAGUUUGUCCAUUAUGAGCCAGAAGUUGUUGCACCACUUUGGCAUGAAAAUCUUGAAGUUUUGUUUGUGACAAAUGGCACUUCAAAGAUACAUUACUACACCAGGGAGCACAACGGAGCAGUGCAUGGCAUGGAGGAUCCCCCUAUUACCCCCUUCACCAGUGAUAUGUCGGCUUCUGGAGAUGGCAUCGUUGCAGGUCUGAUGAGAAUGUUAUCAGUUCAGACAGACCUCAUUACCAAUAAAGAAUACUUGGAAAGCACAAGCAAGUAUGCAAUUGACUGUGGAGUCAUCAAUCAGUGGCUGCUUGGACGGACAUGUGGCUUUCCUCCUAGGGAAGAGAUGGAAGAUGAAGUGGAGCCUGAUGAAAAUGGCAUACGGUCAUUAACAGAAACGGAAUACCGCACUUUGCCGAAUGAUUCUGAUCCGGAAGGCUAUAUGCCAGUCCCAGAAAUGGAAUGCCGUCCAGUGAAGCCUGUUCCAGAUGACACAAUUUCAAAAACAGAAAAGGAAUAUGCGUACAAGGCUUCUUGGAUGUAG